AUGGGUCAUGAUGUGGAAAUACCAGCAAAGGGGAAUUUGGCAGUGCAGAUUGAUGAAAUGGAUGAGAAUUUAGCACACAUUGACGAAAUGAGGGGGAAUUUGGCAGUAGUAACUCAGUCAGGCAUGGGAGCGACAAACAAUUAUGUUGACAUCCCAUUUACAAAUGAAAAUGAUGAUGUGGAAUUUUAUGAUGAGGACGAGAUUAAUGAGAUGCAUUAUGAUGAUGAACCUCCAACAAAUAAGGUUUCUUCAGAUGAUGGUGAGCAUAUUAUGCCUUCUCCAAUGUUCAAACAAUUGAAUUGGGAUGCAAUAAAUAGCAUGACUGCUGAGCCUCUCACACCACGUACCGGAUUGUGGAAUGAAUCCAAUGAGUUGUUUAAAGGAUUGAGAUUUGAGAGUAAAGAAGACUUGCAAUAUGCUGUAAAACGUUAUGCAAUAUGUCGGAAUCAACAUUUGGUGAUUUGUGAAUCAGAACCACAAUUGUGGGCAGUGAGAUAUAAGAAGUGGCAGGAAGGAUGUAAUUGGAGGCUUCGUGCAUGUCGUCGUAAAAGCCAUGGAAUGUUUGAGAUAACCAAGUACACAGGUCCUCAUACUUGUGUUUACCUUAAAUUAUCACAAGACCACUCUCAAUUGGACUCUACAUUGAUUGCAAGAGAGAUCCAAAAUGUAGUUCAGAGGGAUCACACUACCUCUAUUGCUACAUUACACCAGAGAGUGAAGGAUAAAUUUGGAUAUGAUGUCCAUUAUAGGAGAAUUUGGGAAGCUAAGAGAAAAGCAAUGCUUAGAGUUUUUGGUGAUUGGGAUGAAUCUUAUCAAGCAUUGCCGAAGUGGAUGAACAUCCUUCAGCUAACUAAUCCUGGAACAAAGGUUGUUUGGAAGGCAAUACCUUUAGGAGGGAUUUCUGGGAACGUGCGGUUUAUGCGUGUUUUUUGGGCAUUUGGGGCAAAUGUUGAAGGGUUCAAGCAUUACAGACCAAUUAUACAAAUUGAUGGUACAUUCCUAUAUGGAAAAUACAUGGGGAAGCUUUUAAUUGCUACUUCAAUUGAUGGCAAUGGUCAUGUAUUCCCCUUUGCGUUUGCAAUUGUUGAGGAAGAAUCAUAG